AUGGCUCCUCUUCCCAUCAAAUUCACGGAGCUCAUUAAUUUGACGAAUGCCGAAAUCGCGCCGGCGUCGAUUGGUUUUAACUCAUGUACUCUAGAAUCGGAUCACUUCGUCUGUGUCCGCCAAAAACUUAAUGAAGAAGACAAGCCGCAAGUCAUCAUCAUUGAUUUGAAGAACAACAAUGAAGUCAUCAAGCGGCCCAUUAACGCCGACAGUGCUAUCAUGCACUGGUCCAAGAACAUCAUUGCCCUCAAGGCCCAAGGUCGAACGAUCCAAAUUUUCGAUCUCACAGCCAAGCAGAAGCUCAAGUCUGCCGUUAUGAAUGAAGAUGUUGUGUACUGGAAGUGGUUCAGCGAGCAAAGUUUGGGUAUGGUUACGGACACCUCGGUUUACCACUGGGAUGUCUUCGAUCCCACCCAGUCUCAGCCACAGAAGGUCUUUGACCGACUCCCGAACCUCAGCGGCUGCCAAAUCAUCAACUACCGCGUAAACGAUGAGGAGAAGUGGAUGGUGGUUGUCGGAAUUAGCCAGCAGCAGGGCCGUGUUGUUGGUUCAAUGCAGCUGUAUUCCAAGGAACGCGGGAUUUCACAGUUCAUUGAAGGACAUGCGGCCGCUUUUGCUUCUAUUAGUGUGGAAGGCUCUCCCCUGGAGCACAAGCUCUUUUCCUUUGCUGUCCGGACGCCCACCGGGGCCAAGUUGCAGAUUGCCGAAAUCGACCACCAAGAGCCGAACCCGAGAUUUCAGAAGAAGGCUGUGGAGGUAUACUUCCCCCAGGAGGCAGUCAACGACUUCCCUGUUGCCAUGCAAGUCUCUGAAAAGUAUGACAUUGUUUACUUGGUCACCAAGUAUGGCUUCAUUCACCUCUAUGACCUCGAGUCUGGUACCUGCAUCUUCAUGAACCGGAUAUCUAGCGAGACGAUCUUCACAACUGCUCCUGAUGCCGAUUCCGCUGGUCUCGUUGGUGUUAACCGCAAGGGUCAAGUUUUGUCCGUCAGUGUCGACGAGAGCAACGUCAUCCAGUACUUGAUGGAAAACCCAGCGAUGUCUGGUCUAGCCGUCAAGCUAGCUUCCAAGGCUGGACUCCCGGGUGCCGACCACCUCUAUCAGCAGCAGUUCGACAGCCUGCUUGCUCAGGGAAAUUACUCGGAAGCUGCCAAGAUCGCUGCCAACUCCCCAAGAGGGUUCUUGCGGACGCCGGAGACCAUCAACAAGUUCAAGAACGCUCCCCAAACUGGGCAAAUGUCCGUCAUUCUGCAGUACUUCGGUAUGCUGCUGGACAAGGGAACACUCAACAAGUACGAAAGUAUUGAGCUUGUCCGCCCUGUCCUACAGCAAAACCGGAAACACUUGCUGGAGAAGUGGAUGCGUGAGAACAAGCUGGAAGGCUCUGAGGAGUUGGGUGACAUUGUCAGACCAUAUGACAUGAACCUGGCUCUCAGCAUUUACCUCCAGGCAAAUGUUGCCAACAAAGUCAUCGCGGGUUUUGCAGAAACCGGCCAAUUCGACAAGAUCCUUGCCUAUUCUAAGCAGGUUGGGUACCAACCAGACUACACCCAGCUCCUUCAGCACAUAGUUCGCGUGAACCCCGAGAAAGGUGCUGAAUUCGCGACCCAGCUCGCCAACGAAGAGUCUGGUGCCUUAAUCGACCUUGACCGCGUUGUCGAUGUUUUCCUUUCCCAGAAUAUGGUCCAGCAGGCUACGUCUUUCCUCUUGGAUGCUCUGAAGGACAACAAGCCCGAGCAUGGCCACCUCCAGACCCGGUUGCUUGAAAUGAACCUCGUGAACGCACCCCAAGUCGCCGACGCUAUUCUCGGAAACGAGAUUUUCACGCAUUAUGACCGUCCCCGCAUUUCUCAACUCUGCGAGAACGCUGGCCUUAUCCAAAGAGCCCUGGAAAACACCGACGACUCCGCCGUCAUUAAGCGCAACAUCGUUCGCACGGAUCAGCUGAACACCGAGUGGCUAAUGAACUUCAUUGGCCGCCUUUCCGUCGAGCAGACCCUGGAGUGCAUGGACACUAUGUUGGAGGUCAACAUCCGCAACAACUUGCAAGCUGUCGUUCAGAUCUGCACAAAAUUCUCAGACCUUCUUGGUCCCAGUCGUCUGAUUAGUCUCUUGGAGAAGUACCGCACCGCCGAGGGUCUUUACUACUACCUUGGAAGUAUUGUCAACCUGUCCGAGGAUCCCGAGGUUCACUUCAAGUACAUUGAAGCCGCCACUGCAAUGAACCAGAUCUCGGAGGUUGAGCGAAUCUGUCGUGAGAGCAACUACUACAACCCGGAGAAGGUGAAGAACUUCCUUAAGGAAGCUCGAUUGACCGAACAGUUGCCACUCAUCACCGUGUGCGACCGUUUUAACUUCGUUCACGACCUUGUCCUGUACCUCUACCAGAACCAGCAGUACAAGUCAAUCGAGGUGUAUGUGCAACGUGUCAACCCCUCGCGUACCCCCGCUGUUGUCGGAGGACUGCUUGACGUCGACUGUGACGAGAGCAUCAUCAAGAACCUUUUGUCUACCGUCGAUCCAUCUGUGAUACCCAUUGAUGAGCUCGUUUCCGAGGUCGAAACCCGUAAUAGGCUCAAGCUCCUUCUGCCCUUCCUUGAGGCGACUCUUGCCACCGGCAACCAGCAGCAGGCAGUCUACAAUGCCCUCGCAAAGAUCUACAUUGACAGCAACAACAACCCAGAGAAGUUCCUCAAAGAAAACGACCUGUACGACACUCUGGUUGUUGGAAAGUACUGUGAGAAACGUGACCCCAAUCUUGCAUACAUCUCUUACCGCAAGGGUCAGAAUGACCUGGAUCUCAUCAACAUCACAAAUGAAAACGCGAUGUACAGGGCCCAGGCCCGCUACCUUGUCGAAAGAGCCGACCCUGAGAUUUGGUCUUUCGUACUGAGCGAGAACAACAUGCACCGCCGAUCCAUGGUUGACCAGGUUGUUGCUACUGCUGUCCCAGAGUCUACCGAACCUGAUAAGGUAUCUAUUGCCGUCAAGGCUUUCCUCGAGGCGGACCUUCCCGGCGAUCUCAUUGAACUCCUCGAGAAGAUCAUCCUUGAGCCAUCUCCUUUUAGUGACAAUGGCAGUCUGCAGAACUUGCUGAUGCUCACUGCUGCCAAGGCCGACAAGGGUCGCCUUAUGGAUUAUAUCCACCAGCUUAAUGAAUUCAGCCCCGACGAGAUCGCCGAGAUGUGUAUCUCUGUUGGCUUGUAUGAAGAGGCGUUCGAAAUCUACAAGAAGGUCAACAACUACAGCUCCGCUGUUAAUGUCUUGGUUGAGAACAUUGUCAGCAUUGACCGCGCACAAGAGUUUGCCGAACGCGUUGAGCUGCCCGAUGUAUGGAGCAAGGUUGCGAAGGCCCAGUUGGAUGGCCUCCGUGUCUCUGAUUCCAUUGAGUCUUACAUCCAUGCCGGUGAUCCGUCCAACUACAACGAGGUCAUCGAAACCGCAACACACGCCGGCAAGGAUGAGGAUCUUGUUAAGUACUUGAAGAUGGCCCGCAAGACCCUGCGGGAGCCAGCCAUCGACACGGGUCUCGCCUUUUGCUAUGCUCGUUUGGAUCAGCUUGCAGAGCUUGAAGACUUCUUGCGAUCAACCAACGUUGCUGACAUCGAGGCUUCCGGUGACAAAGCUUACGAGGAGGGCUACCACCAGGCCGCUAAGAUUUUCUUCACUAGCAUCUCCAACUGGGCCAAAUUGGCCACAACCCUGGUGCACCUCGAAGACUACCAAGCAGCCGUCGAGUGUGCCCGCAAGGCCAACAGCGUUAAGGUGUGGAAGCAGGUCAACCAGGCAUGUGUGGACAAGAAGGAGUUCCGCCUGGCACAAAUUUGUGGUCUUAACCUCAUUGUACACGCCGAGGAGUUACAAGAUCUUGUCCGACAGUACGAGCGCAACGGAUACUUCGAUGAGCUCAUUGCUGUGCUCGAAGCUGGCCUGGGAUUGGAGCGUGCACAUAUGGGAAUGUUCACCGAGUUGGGCAUCGCUCUUUCCAAGUACCACCCUGACCGUGUCAUGGAGCACCUCAAGCUCUUCUGGUCCCGCAUCAAUAUCCCUAAGAUGAUCCGGGCCUGCGAGGAGGCUACCCUCUGGCCCGAGCUCGUUUUCCUGUACUGCCACUACGAUGAAUGGGACAACGCUGCUCUUGCUAUGAUGGAGCGUGCUGCCGAUGCUUGGGAGCACCACUCUUUCAAGGACAUCAUCGUCAAGGUCGCCAACUUGGAAAUUUACUACCGUGCACUCAACUUUUACCUGCAAGAGCAGCCUCUGCUUCUCACCGAUCUGCUUCAGGUGUUGACUCCUCGUAUCGACGUCAACCGUGUUGUACGCAUUUUCAAGACGUCGGACAACAUCCCUCUGAUCAAGCCUUUCCUCCUGAACGUCCAGACACAGAACAAGAGGGCGGUCAACGAUGCCAUUAAUGAUUUGUUGAUCGAAGAAGAGGACUACAAACUUCUUCGUGAUUCAGUGGACAACCAUGAUAACUUCGACGCCGUGGAGCUCGCGCAGCGCCUCGAGAAGCACGACCUCAUCUUUUUCCGCCAGAUUGCGGCGAACAUCUACCGCAACAACAAGCGUUGGGCUAAGUCAAUCGAGCUUUCCAAGCAAGACAAGCUUUACAAGGACGCCAUUGAGACGGCCGCUAUCUCUGCCAAGUCCGAUGUGGUUGAGGAGCUCCUCCGCUACUUUGUGGACAUUGGUAGCCGAGAAUGCUACGUUGGCAUGCUGUAUGCAUGCUACGAGCUGAUUCGCCCCGAUGUGAUCCUGGAGUUGUCAUGGCGACAUGGCCUUCAAGACUUCACAAUGCCAUUUAUGAUCAACUUCCUUUGUGAGCAAACACGGACGAUUGAGAUGUUAAAGAAGGAUAACGAGGAGCGGAAGUCGCGGGAGGUGACACAACAGAAGGACGAAGACAACACGCCAAUCUUGGGCGGUUCUAGGCUCAUGCUGACGCAGGGACCAGCGGCGCCCGCACCUCCUGUCUAUGGACAGGCAAAUGGGAUAACGCCGCAGGCCACGGGAUUUCGACCUUUUUAG